AAACCUCUGUAGCCUACUGCUACCUCAUAUCCCCACCGCCUUCCCUCUCAAGCCCUCUCUCUAUACGGUGACAGGAGACGGCAGUUGCGAUCUCUAGGGUUAGGGUUUUUGAGCAUCUCUCCAACACUCAGAUUCCAGUGUUUAGGGAUUGGUGCAAAAGCCACAAUGAAUCAGCUGAAGAUUAUUGAGUUGGCGGAAGGUUGGGAGUUUAUGGUUAAGGGAAUCGCAAAACUGAAGAGAAUUCUAGAAGAGGAGCCAGAGUUGCAUUUCAGCUCUGAAGAAUACAUGAUGCUCUACACUACUAUAUACAACAUGUGCACCCAGAAGCCCCCUAAUGAUUAUUCCCAACAGCUCUACGACAAGUAUAAGGAGGCUUUCGAAGAACACAUUAAUUCAACGGUGUUGCCAUGUCUAAGAGAGAAGCAUGGUGAAUUUUUGCUCAAGGAGCUUGUUAGAAGAUGGGCAAACCACAAAAUUAUGGUCAGGUGGCUUUCGCGCUUCUUCCAUUAUCUUGAUCGCUACUUUAUCACUAGAAGAACACUUCCUAAUCUCUAUGAAGUUGGACUGACUUGCUUCCGUGACCUGGUUUACGAGGAGUUAAAGGUUGCAGUCCGAGAUGCUGUUAUCGCACUUAUUGACGUAGAACGGGAGGGAGACCAAAUUGACAGAGCUUUAUUGAAGAAUGUACUGGACAUAUAUGUUGAGAUUGGAAUGUCACUGAUGGAAUACUAUGAAAAUGACUUUGAAGAUGAACUGCUUAAGGAUUCUUCUGAUUAUUAUUCUCGGAAAGCAUCAAACUGGAUCGUUGAAGAUUCUUGUCCUGAUUAUAUGUUCAAGGCUGAAGAAUGUUUGAAAAAGGAGAAGGACAGAGUUUCUCAUUAUUUGCAUUCGAGCAGUGAACAAAAGCUAGUAGAGAAAGUGCAAAAUGAGCUGUUGGUGGUAUAUACCACCCAACUUCUUGAAAAGGAGCAUUCUGGAUGCCGUGCUUUGCUUAGAGAGGACAAGGUUGAGGAUCUCUCUAGAAUGUAUAGGCUAUUCAGUAAAGUUCCCAAAGGCUUGGAUCCGGUUGCAAGUAUUUUUAAACAGCAUGUUACUGCUGAAGGUACAACCUUGGUCCAACAGGCUGAAGAAGCGGCAAGUAACAAGGCGGAGCUUACUGUUGGCUCACAGGAGCAGGUUUUUAUCAGGAAAGUAAUUGAGCUGCAUGACAAGUAUUUUUCCUAUGUGAAUGAUUGUUUUGGAAACCACUCUCUCUUUCACAAGUCACUGAAAGAGGCUUUUGAGGUUUUCUGCAACAAGAAAGUUUCUGGAUGCUCGAGUGCGGAGCUGCUGGCUUCAUUUUGUGAUAACAUCCUCAAGAAAGGUGGCAAUGAAAAAUUGAGUGAUGAAGCCAUUGAGGAAACAUUGGAUAAGGUGGUAAAGUUGCUUGCUUAUAUUAGUGAUAAGGACCUCUACGCUGAAUUCUACAGGAAAAAGCUUUCUCGUCGACUUCUUUUUGACAAGAGUGCUAAUGAUGAUCAUGAAAGAAUUAUCCUGACAAAGCUGAAGCAACAAUGUGGUGGACAGUUCACAUCGAAAAUGGAGGGGAUGGUUACCGAUUUGACAUUGGCAAGGGAUAAUCAAAACCGCUUUGAGGAAUAUCUCGGCAAUAACCCAAAUGCAAAUCCAGGAAUUGAUUUUUCUGUUACUGUCCUUACAACUGGGUUCUGGCCAAGUUAUAAAUCCUGUGAUCUGAGUCUCCCUGCAGAGAUGGUGAAGUGUGUUGAGGUUUUCAAGGAAUUCUAUCGAACGAUAACAAAACAUAGAAAGCUUACGUGGAUUUACUCAUUGGGUACCUGCAACAUAAAUGGCAAGUUUGUGCCAAGACCUAUAGAGCUGAUUGUGGGGACUUAUCAGGCUGCAGCUCUUUUGCUAUUCAAUCAAUCAGAUAGAUUGAGUUAUUCAGAGAUCAAGACCCAAUUGAAUUUGGCUGACGAUGAUUUAGUAAGGUUGCUUCAGUCUCUAUCGUGCGCCAAGUACAAAAUUCUUAUCAAGGAACCUAACACUAAAACUGUCACUCCAAAUGACAAUUUUGAGUUCAACUCCAAGUUUACGGACAAAAUGAGGAGGAUCAGGAUUCCUCUUCCUCCGGUGGAUGAAAGGAAAAGGGUGGUCGAAGAUGUUGACAAGGACAGACGUUACAGUAUAGACGCCUCAAUUGUCCGAAUAAUGAAGAGUCGCAAAGUUUUGGGUCAUCAACAGUUGGUCAUGGAAUGUGUGGAGCAGUUGAGCCGCAUGUUCAAGCCUGACUUCAAAGCAAUCAAGAAGCGGAUUGAAGAUUUGAUUACCCGUGACUACUUGGAAAGGGACAAGGAGAACCCUAACAUGUUCCGUUACUUGGCCUGAUUUGACUCGUUGAUCUAAAACCGAGCUGUGACCUGGGACAUCGCAAAGCAUAGAGGACUAGAGAGAUGUAUAGGGUAGACAUUCUGUUAAGAAACUACAUGGUUCCCAUUAAUUUGCUGCCUCUUUUGGGUAUACUUGGCAGCGAAAAAUAGGGGUAUAUAAAAUUUUCUUCCGUUAUGAUGUCCUACCUUUAUAUAGUUAGCAAUGUGCAGUGGAUAUAAUGACCACUUUUUUGUGGGGUAGAGAGGCCUUUUGAUUAGCUGAAUGUGAAGACACGUCGAUUGUACUUCAGCUCACUGGAUUUAUUCCAAUUUAGAGGGGAAAAGCUUUUGGAA